UCCAGCAUCUCCCCUUGAUCAUAACCAACCAACCAACCAACCAACCAAAUUUCUCCCAAACCAGCAACUAAACAAAAUGAAUCCCCGCAUCGGCGUCGGCGUCUUCAUCCUGAACGACCAGGGCAAAGUCAUCCUAGGAAGACGCAAGGGUAGCCACGGCGCUGGAACAUGGGGACUCCCCGGCGGGCAUCUCGAAUUCAACGAAUCGUUCGAGACCUGUGCCGCGCGCGAAGUGCUCGAAGAAACGGGCCUGCAUCUACCGGAGCAGAGCAUCAGGUUCCUGACCGCCACGAACGACAUCAUGGAGCAGGAGGGAAAGCACUACGUUACUUGCUUUGUCGGGUGUAGGGUGUCUACGCCGUCGGGGGGUGGGGAGGUGGAAGUUAAGGUCCUCGAGCCGGAGAAGUGUGAGGAGUGGCAGUGGGUGAGCUGGGAGGAGAUCGCGCAGUUUGCGGCGGCGCAGAAGACGGCGGAGGAAGAGGGUCGGAUGGAGACCUUCGACGGGAGGAGGCUGUUCAUGCCGAUUGUGAAUCUGUUCGAGCAGCGGAAGGGGUUUCAUCCGAUUCAAAGCCUAAGUGCGUGAGCAUAAAGUGCCAUGUUCCCGGGAUUGAAUUGAUUGAUUGGGUUUUCAUGUCUGAUGAAUUGAUGAUGGCUUUUUGUUAUUUUCGUCAAGAGCUAGAGAAAGAGUGACGAUUGAACAGCGAAGAAA